GUCCAUAUGGGGUGUGGAUCCAAGGAGAAGUGAAGGAAAAAUUUAUUUGAAAGAAAAAGUACAAGAAAAUUAUGUUGUUUGGAUGAGAUCCAUUGGGCCCGAGGUAAAGUUUAGCGCUAAAACAGGGAUCAGAGAGUAUCAUUAGAAAACAUAAAUACGGAUGUGAACGAACUGGACAUAGGUAUGGAGGCAGUACGCAAAGAAGCCGAAAUAAGAGGUAGAGGUAACCACAGUUUGCUGGUUAGAGAUUUUUUAGUGAACGCUGAAGAUAAAUUGAGACGAUUAAAAACCGCCGCCAAAAUGGCUCAAGGUGCUUUUAGGGAAUGCGUGGAAUUUUUCGCCGAAUCACCCAGAACGACAGAUGCCAAUACUUUCUUCUCGUUAUUAGUUCGAUUCGUCAAAGCUUUCAAGUUCGUCAUCGCUGUUGUACUUCUUUCUGCCCACAGAGAAAAGACUCCAGAUGCCAAAACAAAAAUCACUCAAGUGGAACAAAGAGAGCGAAGAAAAUGUAGAGGACGACGAUGUAAUUUCGAGAGACGAGAUUAUUCCUGACGAAGAGGGAGAUAAAUAAUUAGUUAUUGGAAAAAAAUUUUUCUUAAGUAUUGUAAUUAAAGAAAAAUAUAUAUGAAAUUACCUGUAUCAUGAUAUUUU